GAAGGAAGGAAGCGGAGCAACCGCUCGCACGGCGUAGCAUCCACGCAGCCGCGGUGGCGUAGCAUCGACGCGCGGCGAGUUCGCUCCCCUCCCUCCCCCGUGAACCCGCCCGUCUCCGGCUCUCCCCAACCCCUGUCUUCUCCCAGGCUCCAGAACCUCGUUUUGCCGUCUAGUCGCAGGACUCCCGAGGCUCGGAAGAUGGCCGGCGAGAGCAGCAUCAGGCGGCCCCUCUUCGGCGGCGCCAUCUCCACCGCCUUCCCCGCCCGGUUCCAGGAUGUGAGCAACAUUCGCGAGGUCCCCGACCACCAGGAAGUUCUCGUUGAUCCCGCUCGUGACGAGAGCCUCAUCUUCGAGCUGCUUGACCUCAAGGGCGAGGUGGAGGACGGCGGCAGCGCGCUCUGGUUCCUGCGCGACGUCGCCAACGAGCAAGAUGCGGCGGAUAACUUGGUGGUCGAGCACUCUGGGACAAUUGAACUAGCUGGUCUGCGCUCCGGGAAAGCACCUGCAGUGGCUGGAACUGCAAUUGGCAAGCUGGCUGUUUCAAAAGGGAGGCAAGGCAGAGAAGCACAGAACAUUGUUCGACUUUAUUUGGCAAACAUACGUCUCAAGAAUGCAGCAACUGAUGUAGUUAUCACCGCAUAUGAGCCGCUGUUGAUAAAUCCUUUGAGUGAAAGUGCCCAGGCAGUUGCAGCUGGACCAGCAGUACCCGCAGAACAAGCAGGAUGCUUGCCAAUGUCGGAGGUGUUCAGACUUGCAGUGAUGAACUUUGAUGUCCAUGAUUGGAACCUUUUCAAUGGCAGCGGUUGAAGCAGAGAGGGUAACAUCUCAGUGCUAGAGUGAUUCUUAAAAAGGUGUUCUGCAAGAGAGUGUUUGGGGAAUGUACUUUCCUUAGCAAAAACUAGUCUCUGAAUUUUCCUUCAGAGUAGUUUUUCUUUUCCUGAAAGUGCCAUCACUUAGCGUAUGUAGUGUCAUCCAAAUAACCCUGGUUGAAGUUCAAUAUAUCAUGUUAGCUUGCACUAGAAUUUACUUGAA